AUGCCGUCACGGAAACGAUCCCGGCAGUCCGUCGACGACGAUGCUGGCGACACGGAUCACCCUGCAGGUGCCGAGCUCCUCGAUCGGAUUCGUAACAUGUGGCAAUUUGCAAACGUCUGCCAAUGGAUCUAUAUUUUCGGAAAGGCUGCAAAAAUCGACGAGUCGAUUGAUGUAGAGGAGAUGGAAGCAGAGUGCUUGAAGCCUCAAUCCACGCUUCUCGCAGAUGUCGCACUGUCCAUAUUGAAAUUAGUUUCGUCGCACCGCGGUCUGACGCACGACAUCUUCAACGAUCAGAUGCGCAAGCAAUACUUGACUAAAUCUCCCAACAACAAUCCUUUCGGCGAUGACGACACUCCCCAAUACUUUGCCGAUUUUGAUGUGUUCACCAAGAUCAAGGUCUUGCAGCAGCUCACACAAUGGGCAAUGAUUCACCCCGAGCGGCUUCGCGAUAAAAUGGAAGAACAAAAAGAUACGGAGCAAGCAGGCUGGAGGAUUGAGCCCUACGGUUGGGACCGGGAUGAUCGAACAUACUAUGUCCUUGACGAUAAUCGCAUCUACCGCAUGACUGAACGUCCACCCCCGCCACCCCGGCCCAAAGCGAAGAAGGGGAAAACCUACCGAUCCGGCCGCCGAUCGAGUAAGCGACAGCGCAUCAGCUUCUCACCAACAGAAUCUACGCCAGAAGGAGCCGCCGCAUCAGAGCCCGUUGACGACAGUCUCGGCGGUAAUACUUGGGAGUGUAUCGCUGUCACCCUUCAGGAGGUGCGAGCAUUCCUGGAGAGCUUAGGCAAGACCCGUGACGAGAACGAACGAGUUCUGCGGAGGCAGCUUCAACUUCACCUUGUACCCAUCCUGGAGAAGCAGGAAGAGGCUCAGCAGCGGAAACGUCUCCAGAGAGAACGGGAAUUACUCAACCUUGCAAAGAUGGCCAACGCGAAGAGGUCCAGUCGCAUUGCGGGCAAGGCGGAACGACAGAAACAAGAAGAGCAGGAAAGAGAAGAAGAGCAGCAGAGGCGAGAGGCCGAGGCAGCCAGACGACGCGAAGAGCGUGAACUUCAGAAGAUGGAAAAGGAACGAGACUUCAGAAUGUUCUCACGCCAACGUCGCCUACAGGAACGGGAGGCGCGUCGUCUGCAACACGAGGAAGAGCUAGCACAGCUCUCGGAAGACAGCAGAAAUGCAACCACAGCACCAGGUCGCACGUCCGAACGGCGUCUUCUGGUGGAAAUUGAGAAGAGCAAGCAGGCCCUGCGCGAGCUGGAGGAAGAGGAAGAAGCUUGGGUCUUCGACUGCGUUUGCGGCCUUUACGGCCAAGUUGACGACGGCACACACAGUGUUGCUUGCGAGAAGUGCAAUGUGUGGCAACACAGCAAAUGUCUGGGUAUCGGGGAAGAUGACGCUGACCGCCCUGAGUUUCACUUUGUCUGUAGCCCCUGCAAACGUCGAGACGAGGCCACGAAGGCAUCGCCUCGGGGCAUCAUUAAGCUCAAGCUCCAUCCGUCCGCCAGCGGCAGCACCUCCAACAUGCAAUCCACCAAGGAAGCCGCACAAAACUCACGGGCGAUAAUGACGCUGGCGGGUAGCGCAAACGCUCCCAGCGAAGAGUACCAAGGCAUCGACUCGCGGAGCCUGAUGCUGCCGCUCCAAGCGCAGCCGACGCCUUCUUCGCGAAGCGCCGCGCCAUCUGUCCAGCUGACUGAUCCUGCUGCGCCUGUCGCGACGCCAGCACCUUGCUCUGCUGGCCAAGAUCAAAUAUCUGCGCCCGCUGCAAGUGUUUUGCCGCUGAAGCAAGGACGGGUCGCCGAGUAUUCUCAAGCCGUCGCGAGUGCCACCGUACCAUAUUCCAUUGACACAGUGGCAGCGCCUCCACCGAAACCAAAUAGUAUCGUUGAUGCGAGCAACGAAGGCACAAAAUCAAAAUUUGACGCUGGACCAGCUUAUCAUAUCACGAAGCCGGAGCCGGUAACCCUCAGCAGCAGUGCAGACAAGAUGACUGGAGACGUUAACGCAUCUGCCCACCGCGCAACAAACCCGACAUUGCUGAUAUCAAGCAGCAGUGAGCGUUCAGGCCCAAGUCUUCCUGUUGCUGCAAACAUCAUUGGCGAAACUACAACAGCAGAUGAUUUGGCACCAUCUCUGUCUCAGAAACCCAUGCCGGACAAGAUGAUCGAUACAGUAACAAGUCCAGUCGGUCCUCCCGACCAACCAGAGGAAACGGCAAUGCGGGAAGAGCUCCCAUAG